GGUAUUUUUCGAUUAUUAUUCACUAAUCGUUCGUUUAUUGUUACGGUUCCUUUUUCGAUACAUCAAUAGAAGUUUGUUUUAAAAUGGUUGUCAAAGUGUUGCUCGUAAUUUGUCUGUUGGCUGUGGUCAGUGCCAAACCUCAUGUGUGCGCCCACAUCUCUCCAGCGUUCGUCACGGCUCACAGUUCCCAGGUGUUCGCCCGGACGUACAACGGAAUAGUGCCAAUAGCAGUACCAGCCCACAUACCUGCUCCAAUUCCUGCCGCGUUCCCAGCACCUGUCCCGACGAUCUAUGUUCCUCCCCCAACGGGGCCGGCAUUUUUCGCCUAUCCUGUGUACGCACCGGGUCCUGCUGCCAUUCCGGCAGUGCCGGCCGUAGUCGCUACGCCGACAGUUGUGGCUACUGCACCAGUCGCCAAAGUAGUUAGUGCAGCACCAGCAGCAAAAUUAGUGCGGCGACCAGCCAUUUAUCUGACUACUAUUCGUCAUCGCUCGGUUUAUGUGUAAACGCAGUACUUUUUACAAUAACCGUAAUGUGAUGUAUGUAGUUGAUAAGUGAAUUGUAUAUUAUUUAGGUAGUACUCUACAAUGCUAGUCGAAAUGAAAAUAAUUCACGAAACUGUAAACCAUUCAUAAAUGAAAUGAAUGAGACUGAUGUUGUGGUUUUAUUAACUGUCAGAAGCAAUUAGCACGGCUUUGCCCAUGAUUAACACGAGAGCGAAAGGCUUCGCCAUUUAUGAUAUGGGAAGGUAACCUAUUUUAAGCAGGUUAUGAAGCCGCUGGUGUUUUGAG